CCUUGGGGAACCCAGCCUCUGCAGGGACACCGCAGUCAUAGUGAUGGGCUUCUCUGCAUAAGCUGCUCAGGAGGAAGUGUCAGGAGAACCUUUGUUGUUGUGGCCAAUCCCUUCACCUGCACAACCUGCCAUCUGACCCACCUGUAUGUCUUAGUGUCCUGGAGCAGGGAAUGAAUCACCACAAACCAGGUGGCUUAAUAUAACACAAAUGUAUUCUUGCACUGUUCUGAAGGCAGGUUCCUUCUUGGGGGGUCAAGGACAAUGUGUUCCCUGCCUCUCGUUUCUGGUGGCUCCUGGCGAUCCUUGGCUCUCGGCUUGUGGCAACACCACUUCAGUCUCUGCUCCCAGUGUCAUAUGAUGCUCCCCCUGUGUCUGUGUCCAAAUUUCCCUCAUAAGGACAGCAGUCAUUAGAUUUAGGGCCACCCGAAUCCAGUAUGGCCUCUACCUCAACUUGAUUGUAUCUGCAAGGAGUCAAUUUCUAAAUAAGGUUGCAUUCACAGGGACCAUGGGUACUUAUCUUAUGGGGUACACAGUUCAGACCACAAUACCACAUAGGUCAUGGUGAAAAGAGCACAGGCUUUGGAGUAGGGCACAGUCAGCCUCACACCCUGGCACCACAUCUAGCCUGUCUUGUUUCCUGUGCCCAGCAAAGCUGGAACCAGGCUCCUGUGGACUGCCCAAAAGAGAGGACUGCAGAGGUCCCGUGGGGUGUCUGGGUAGUGGCAGAAACUUAGCACAGGUGGCCCUGAGCUGGGCACCAGGACUCGGAGAGGGGCCCUGGUCCCUGCUCUUCAGGAACUCUCGCUCUGUGGGACCCUGGGCUCUUACCCAGGGUUAGGACUUGCAGUGGGGACAACGGUGGUUAAGCUGCACACGAGGAACUAGGUCACAUACAUGACCACAUGGCAUGGGGUUGGGGAGGAACCUUAAGGCCAGAGGCCCCAGCAAGGAUCAAGAAAGCCAGAGCCAGACCAUAGGCCCUUCCUGUAGGACUGAGAGUCCACAGAGUCCCCUAGGCCUCACAUGUACGCAUGGGCUCUGGGUCUGACCCUGACAGUCAAAGGUGGAGGAUGCUGACAGGUCUCCUGGGCAUCUGAGUCCCCUCUGGGCCUGGGAAGGAAUUCCUCACUCCCCUCUCCAACUGCCCUGUAAGACAUAUCUUCCCCUUCCUGUCAACAUGGAGUCUGGCAAGGAAUUUGUUUUUAGCCAAACCCGGUUUAAUAUUCUCUUCCUCCUCCUUUCCCUCCCACCUUCUAUUCCUUUAUUCCUCUGUUUGGUACCUGCCAUAUGCCAGGGCUGUUCCAAGCUCUGAGAAUACAGGAGACAGAUGGGUCUUGCCUCAGUGGAAUUUGUAACUAGUGAGAUGAGAGACAUUAAUCAAGUAACCAUGACAAUGAAUGUUUCAUAGCAGAGGAGGGGGUACUCUGGAUGAGGGGCAUUGGGGUAGUGGGAGUCAGCAACAGAGUGAUGCAGCUAAACCGGGGGAGUACAGGAUGUGGCCUGGAGCCAAGGGUCGAAGUUGUCAACCAGGGAAAAGGCAAAGGAAGAAAGUCUAGGCAAGAGAAUUAGCAUGUGCAAAGGCCCUGUGGCAGGAGGCUGCUUGGCAAGUGAGAAGGACCAAGAGGUCUGUGUGGCUGGACAGGACAAUGAAAGGAACGUGAGAUGACUUGAGAGUCAGCAGAUUACCCAGUCAUUCAUUGGAAAAGUAUCAAUUACAGGCCUGCAAUGAGCCAGAAGCACCAGACAGACAAGACCACCAUACCCCAGAACAGGCCGGCCACAGAGCAAGAACAUUCCAGUGUGGGAGGUGUGAGGGGUGGAGGGAGGCGGGGGUUAGAAAGGCUCCUCUGAACUGAGAGGAGGAAGGCAGACCUGGGCAUAGGCUCUACAGCUGGGCCAAGCUUGGCAUGACCGAGGAAGGACAAGGAGACAGGUGUGUACAGAAUGGAGUGAGCAGGUAGGCAGGGUACUGGUGGUGGCAGGGCCAGGUCCUCCAGGGCUCUGGGUAAGCCUCUGCUGGAUUCUAAUGAAGGAGACUUGCACUCAGGUUUAGGCUUUGGAGGGAAGGACCCCUCUUGCUUCCAGUAUUGGCAGGAAUGGAGAGGAGGCUCAGGAUUGGGGAGCUGGGCUACCAUGACUGGUGGGACACCCUUCUCUUCCCAGUCAUCCCAGAAGAGCAGUGAGUCUGAGCCCAGGCUAUCAGUCUCCCGGAGCCACCUGGAGGACGAUGGCUCAGAGCCCCGGCCCCAGCACCUACAGGCCAGCCACUCAAGCAACAGCGGGCCUCUUGGUAGCCUUGGCCUCUCCCAUGGGUCCCCGUUGGCCUGGGAGUACCUGCCCUUCUUCCGCACCUAUGGGAAGCUCCUGGCUGUGGAGGAGCCGGCCUCACGGCCCCAGGUAUGCAGGGACCGAGGUGGAGACCAGAACACGCCUGAGGACCUGGAACCACCCAGCGGGUUCUUCCCUCACUACCGCUCCAAGGAGGAGAGUUUCCCCUGCCUGGGCCUUCCUGGUGGAUCCUGUCAGAGCUCCCAAGAACUACGCCUCACGAAGGAGGCACUGGUUGGCUGUUUCUGCAGGUUGACAGGCAGCUGCAGGUGCUCCGCUGUCCUGGCAAGCCCAGAUGUUGUCCCCGGGUCCUUACAUUCACCACCCUGCUGCCCCAUCCUGCUGCUCUCGGCAGGGUGCUCCCGUGACAGCAGCCCGACUGUCCCCCUCUCCAGUGAUGCUGCCUUCAGGAGCCAAGCCCUUUGUGCCUCGGGAUUCGUGCCUUACUACAGAACCCCAGAGGAGGAGCUACACACCAGCCCUGGGCCUCCCACCUCUCCAUCGGGGAGCGGGGGGGCCCACAGGGGAGCUGCCCAGGCCUGGUGCAGCCAUAGUGUGAGGGAGCAGGAGCUGCUGUGAGCAGCAAGAGCCACCGAAGAAUGGAGCCUAGUACUUACUUACGAGCAAGAGGUGAAGGUGGCUGGGGGUGAGGCUCCCUGAACUGGCCUGGGACCCUGUGUGUCAGUGUCUGUGACCCACACAGGUGUCAGGAGGAGCCCAAACACUGGCAGACCUUUCCAGCCUCCUCUAAGUCUCCUUGGGUAGGGGCCCCAAACAAGAGGGCCCUGUGCCCUGACAGUGUGCAGCCUCACACCCUGGGGGAGUAGAGGGGAGAUGCUCAGCCUGUGCCCCCAUGCAGCCUCGGGAAGUGACCCUGCAGCUCCGGGUGCUCUCCUGGCCCUCCUAGCUAGAAAAACUGCCAGAUGACAAAUGGCAAGCAGCAGCCCCAAAACAGCUCCAGAAAGGGGAUGUCUUCCUGGCCCAGCACUCAGGCCUCCCUAAGGUCCUGGUUCUGCUACAGCAUGUCCCAAGGUCAGAGGGAGGGAGCAGGGUCACCCAACAACCAAGGGAUACAGACCAGAGACUGACUGACUGACUGACUGACUGACUAAAUAAAUAAAAAAAUAAAUAAAUAAA